CAGAGGUCAGGAGCCCAGUGUGGAAGAAAGGAUGUGGGUAUGCUGACAUCUGCAAGGCAGAGGUUUGAGUGGGAAACGACUGCAGCCUGGGUGACAGACAACGGCCUCAGCUCUCUCGAAGAACCUCCGAGACAUGUAACUUGUUGCGAAGAGGCUUGUGUCCUGUAAGGACACCCUGAAGCUCAGCCUGUCACCACGUCUCCUUGGUGCUUCCCAUCAUGAGGGGGCGCUGUUCUCGAAAGCUGGGCAUACUGGCCAAGGCUGGCUUCCUGCUAUGGGUGCUGUGGCUGGGCUAUCUUCUGCUAGAGCGCUCCUCUUUCCCUUUCUCUUCCUCUGCAGAUGCCGAGGUUAAGGACCAAAAUGUUAGACCAAGACAGCUGGUUGUAGAGGAGAGCGAGAGUGACGAGCAGCUAGCUAGGCCCCUGUACAUUAAAUCACCACCAGACAACAAUGCGCCAGGGGAGUUGGGCCGGGCCACACACCUCAACCUCAGCCCUGAAGAAAAGAAGCAGGAGCAGGACAGUGUGGAGCACUAUGCCAUCAAUAUUUAUGUCAGCGACAGGAUCUCCCUCCAUCGGCAUAUCCAGGACCACAGGAUGAAAGAAUGCCGAAGUAAGAAGUUUGACUACCGACAUUUACCUACCACCUCUGUGAUCAUAGCCUUCUACAACGAGGCCUGGUCCACCCUGCUGAGGACUAUCCACAGUGUGCUGGAAACAAUACCUGCCAUCCUCUUAAAAGAGAUCAUCCUUGUUGAUGACUACAGUGAUCGAGGCUACCUGAAAUCCAAGCUAGCCGACUACAUCAGUAAGCUGGAACGUGUGCGGCUUAUCCGCACCAACAAAAGGGAGGGGCUGGUCCGUGCACGUCUUAUUGGCGCCACCUUUGCCACCGGUGAUGUGCUGACAUUCCUUGAUUGCCACUGUGAAUGCGUUCCUGGCUGGAUUGAGCCUCUGUUGGAAAGGAUUGGUGAGAAUGCGAGCACAAUUGUGUGCCCUGUGAUCGACACCAUCGACUGGAACACCUUUGAGUUUUACAUGCAAACGGAUGAGCCAAUGAUCGGAGGAUUUGACUGGAGACUGACCUUUCAGUGGCACUCUGUCCCUGAAGUGGAACGCAAGAGGCGCAAGUCUCGCAUUGACCCUAUCAGGUCUCCUACUAUGGCUGGGGGAUUAUUUGCUGUUAGCAAGGCCUACUUUGAGUAUCUGGGCACAUAUGACAUGGGCAUGGAUGUGUGGGGAGGAGAAAACCUGGAGCUGUCCUUCAGGGUGUGGCAGUGUGGGGGCAGCCUGGAGAUUCAUCCCUGCUCUCACGUGGGGCACGUGUUUCCUAAAAAAGCUCCUUACGCGCGGCCCAGCUUCCUCCAGAAUACUGUUCGAGCUGCAGAGGUUUGGAUGGACUCUUACAAAAAACACUUCUACAACAGGAAUCCCCCAGCCAGAAAGGAGAAAUACGGGAAUAUUUCAGAGCGACUGCUCUUAAGGGAGAGGCUGAAGUGCAACAGCUUUGAGUGGUAUCUGAAGAAUAUCUACCCUGAACUGCAUGUACCUGAGGACAGGGAGGGCUGGCACGGGGCUGUGCGUAGCUCAGGAAUACAUUCAGAGUGCCUCGACUACAAUGCUCCAGAGCACAGUCCCACAGGUUCCCACAUCUCUCUGUUCGGCUGCCAUGGCCAGGGAGGCAACCAGUACUUUGAGUACACGUCUCAGAAGGAGAUCCGUUUCAACUCGGUGACAGAGCUGUGUGCUCAGGUCCUCGAAGGACAGACCUCCAUCGGGAUGAGACACUGCCCUCAUGAUGGGGAAUUAAAACCUCCCAGUAUCAUCUGGGAGUUCAGAAAGGAUGGGACCAUCUAUCAUCCACACUCAGACAUGUGUGUGACGGCCUACCGCACAACAGAGGGCCGCACGGAUGCCCAGAUGAGGCGGUGCAUCCCAGCUGACAAAGCCCAGCAGUGGAAGUUUGAGUGGUAGAGGGAGGAAGUAAGACCGUAGCAGGGAACCUUAAGUGGCCUUCUGUGACCACAGUGCAAAUACUGUAGCGGACAUCUGACCCGCUGCUCACUUUUGUGUUACUCUUCAAGUCUGCACUGCAAGGGGAUGGCAAGCGGAGAGGGGGUGGGGGGGGUGUUGGAAAAAGUAACUUUAAGCCAAUGACUCACCAGACCAGUGCUUUUAAACCUAUAUGAAUACCUACAGAGGUGAGGUCACCAGCUGAAUUAUAGACUUUCACUUUUGUGUUGCUUUCAUCCAAGUGCCUCUAAACCAGUGUGGAGUACACUGCAUACCUGGAGUGUCAUUGUCAUCUUGUGGUCUUGCAACAACUUGAAAGCGGUGAGAUGUUUUUGUUGAUUGUCUAAGCACAUGAAGCAGUGCCUUCAAAGAGAACUAUUCGCAGAAUGAUGUUGCACUAUAGAAUAUUGCCUUAAUGUGCAGUUAAUAUUAUUUUUAUUAUGUCCUCAUAUUUGUUAAAAAAAAGAAAAAUUGUGAAAAUCAGGCUGCUGGAAAAUGAUGUUAGGAAUGUAAGGUUGGCAACAUUUUGUCCCAUACCGGUUACUUCCCAACAUGCUCCAUCAUGUGAGGGGAAGCUGCUGCGGUCAUACUAGAUUGAUUCUCAAUUCUAUCUUUUGUCUGUGGAGCUAGUUUCGUGACAGAAUUCUGUCUGAACAAGAUUGGAAGUAUUCAUUAAAGUGUAUUUCACCCCAGAUGGUUUAUUGAGUCGACACGAAUGUUGUGAUCUGAUCUCCCCCGUUGUGUAAAAUUAAGAAUACCCUCUAAACCCAUCUGUCACUUUGCUUUUAAAAGUGUCAUCCCUAGCAAACCUGUGCGUGCCAAAAUGAAAUGUGCCAGUACUUAUCAGAUUUAUUUAGAGCAUUUUCAUUUCUAUGAAACUAUAAACAACACUGGCUUGAACUUGGUUUUUAUUUAGUCACAAGAAGCCUUAAAGGGAGCAGCUCUGUGCCAGUUUUCUUAAGACUCCUGUGUGUAAGUUGUACUUGAAGCUGCAUCAGAAACACUCCUGUUAUGUUUUUUCUUUUCUUUUCUCUAAAGACCACUUUAGUAUUUCUAUUGGGAUCAAAAUACCAAGAGAUUCAGCUGCUGGUGAAAUGAUUUUUUAAAAAUGUUUUAUUUUGGCAAUCCUUUACCACUGAAUAAUGUUUGGUCUCUGUGGCAAUUUGAAUUUAUGAAUAUAUAUUCAUACUAGAUUGUGAGAUGACUCCUAUUGUGUGUUAGCUUUGUAAAUAAUGUUUGGUUAAAGGGACCGGGGGGGGGGGGCACAGUACUGAUGAAAAAUGCAGUGAAAACUACUGAUAAUGCAAAAGGGACGUUGAUUACUUGAUAUGAAGAAGAGGUUGGACUGAAAUGGAAUGGGGAAGGAUAUUUAACAAAACAAGCAAAAAAACAUUGUUGGGAUAAUUGAAAGAAUAAAAGACUAACCACAAGUACACCUUCAUGUUGUUUUUACUUGCUUGUAUGAAUAGAAUAUUGUACAUUUAAACUAUGAGAAAUGAGAAGCUUUUCAUUAUAUGAAAUGUAAGAUAAAGCAAAGAGAGAAAUGUAUAAGGUGCUGCAA